UAGACUCCAGUGCGUGGAUUUUUAAACUGACGAAGAUGUUCGUAAGUUCCUCCGAUGUGUUUAUGUCUGUGGCUGAAGGCGGCCUCGAAGGAGCGUCAUCCGGGCGUGGGGCCGCAAAGGAUCAUCUCCCUGAGUCCUGCCAAGGGACUAGAAUAAUGAGGAUUCGAACGGAAGCUGAACGGAACGUGUUCGAAAGGUAUUUCGUCGGCAAAGAAUCAAAGAAGAAGUGGCUGUUAAUCUCCAGUGAUGAGUUUCUCCGGCUGUUGCAACCUAUAUAUUUGCCUCUUGAUAAUCAGAUUACCUUCGCCAAUUUAACCGUCGACGGUGCAGCCGCCUCGCUGUGGGAGAGCUACCAGGUGUCCCACAGCCUCGGGAAGCGCCUCUUGAAGGUCGGGCGCUGGACAACUGCCCCGAGAUGCGCCGACGCGCCACGCGACGAGGCCGACGAAGGCAAUCCUAUGUCGGGUAGUUCAACGCCAACUUCUCACGCGGCCGCUCUCCUGUCCAUCCCGAAGGAGGUUGGGACUGCUCAGAUGACCAUGGAUUUUGGAGUCCUUCUUGCUCCGGUGGAUGAUCCUCUGCAGCGGAGGCAGGACCUGACUGGGCUUCACUUGACGUGCACAACCAUUGAUUAUGACCCCAUGAUCGUCUUGGAGGAAGGACCGGGCGGCAGCGUUCUCGUGGGCGGCCUCGUUGGGAAGUUCUUUCUCACGCUCAAGGAAAUCACCAACUUCACCUACACGUGCCGGCGGGUGAGGGACGGCGAGUGGGGGUCCGCCAUCGAAGGCCGCUGGACAGGCAUGAUCGGGGAGGUGAGCGACGGCAUGGCGCAGGUCGCUAUCGCGCCGCUCAGCGUCACGCAAAAGCGGAGUGCUGUGGUGGGCUUCCUGAUUCCUCUCAUUGUCACCAGUUCCAGAAUCAUUCUGAAGCGACCCACUAAUGAGGACUACAUGUGGACGGUGUACACAAAGCAGUUCACACCCGGAGUUUGGGGGAUGCUAGUGGCUGCCGUUUUCUCGUUGGGUCUGUUUUUGGCCUGCGUAUCUCGCUAUGCACACUCCGAAGUGAGCGUCCCUCCUAUUGAUUCUGUCCUGACUGUAGUAGGAUUCAUGUUUGGGCAAGGCACAGUGCUCAGAGUCGAGACGGUGGCCGGCCGGACCCUGGUGCUGACGGCCCUCUUGCUGCAGGUCGUGACCCUCUCCUACUACACGAGCAACUUGGUGUCGGCGCUGACGGUGGGGCCUCCUCUGCCGCCGUACAGAGACCUUCGAGACAUUCACCAGGAGAAAUCGAUUACUUUUGGCUUGUUGAAGGGCACCGCGGAAAGCGACGCCCUGAAGGACUCAGACCUGCCCUUAUACAAAGCAGUGUGGCGGGACAUGAAAGAAGACCACCUCGUAAUGACGUCCACCGAAGGCAUGAAUCGGGUGUUCCGGGGAGACUACGCCUUUUUGGAAUGGGAAAUAUUUUAUCUGCUCAACUAUGGGACUGACUGUCGGGCCAUUAUGUUGCCUUUUUCUUUCCUCACUUCUUUCGCAACCUUCGCAAUAUCCAGAGAUUCUCCACUCAUUCCAAUAUUUAACAAACUAAUCCUAGACAUGCUGUCAGCAGGAUUCUUUAAGAAGUGGUGGAUGGAAAUGAACGUGAACAACAACGUCUGUGCCGCCCUCGAGACGGCGCCCAUCGAACUGAGGACGAUCGUCACGCCCUUCAUUGUGCUGGGCCUCGGCGUCCUGGUGGCGCUGGGGGUCCUUGCAGCUGAGUUCUUCUUCAUAAGACGCGGGUGAAUCGUGCCACGAAGGAAUCUGCUUGGCGCGGACGCUGCAGCGGAAAUGCGUUGAUCUUUGGUGCGGGAGGAUGCUUAAUUUAUGUUUGCUUGUUUGUUUACUUCUCUGAUGAUUUCGUAAGGAACAUUAAUGCCUCCAUAAGCAAUGAUACGUAAUACCAUUCUAGUUCCUUCGCGUGAGACUGCCUUAUUCCCAUAACUGCUUGCAAUUAACUAACGGAAUUACUUACACGUCUUGUAAGGCACGUAAUAGAGGCGGUAUAAUUGGUUACACAAGGGAUUUUAUGUUUUUUUCUUUCUUGUGACGUUG